AUGCCGUCAGUGUCAACGGCGGAUAUCAACUCAUCAAUAACAACUAGCAAAAUGAAUGGUAUGGAAAAUACAGGAUUAAAACAACAAGAUAAACAACAAACUCAAUCAGCUUCUGCUUCUGCUGCUUCUGCUUCAAUUGAUAAAACAUCAAUGAUUACACAAGAGAGUAAUGAUCCAUUAACACAGGCAGUCUUGAUGCUCGAGAAAAAACAACGAAAUCUCGUGAAACGAAAGGAUAAAUUGGAAAGUUAUGAACAAGAAGCAAAAAGUGGAAAAGAAUUAAAUAAAGAUCAAAAGGAUGCACUUGCAAAAUAUGGAGAAGUUAUUGGACAAAUUGAAUGCGCAAAAGAAACAUAUGAACAACUUAAAAAAUUGCAACAAGAAUCUGGCAAAUUACAGAAGCGUACACAGAAACAAUUACAAGAUGAAAAACGUAGUCAUGUUAGUCAACGUUUACGUGAAUACACUCAAUUAAGAGUGAUUAUGGAGGAUAUUAGAAAUGAACAAAGUCGAAAAAAAUUAGAAACGAUGGGAAUAAGUCUCAAACUAGAUGAUGUGGCUAUAUUUGAUGAAUUAUAUAAAGCUGUUGUACCGCAAACAGCGGGCGAUUUAUCUCAACCUAUGGAUAAACAACUUUCUCGUUGUAUUGAACAAUUUCUAAAUAUUUAUGAUGGAAAUCCAAAAAAAACAUCAGGCAUUCAAGGAAAAACGUGUGGAGAAUUAAAAGAAUUUAUUGAACAAUAUACUACAAAAUACUCACAAAUCUUUGGUGGAACACCACCUCAGCAAAAAUCGAUUUCAAUCCAAGAGCAACAAACACCAUUAGAACAAGAAUACAUACCUACUCCUACAACACCUGUGGUACCAUCGGAAACAGCUACUGCUGUACCUAAAAUGAUACAUGAAGUCAAAUCCACACCAACAAUCGCGCCGCCUCCACCACCGACACCGGCUACGGUAUUACCACAACGACAGUCAAGACAGAAUCUUCAACAACAAAGUGCUAAUGACUCGCCCAUGUAUGCGAAUAAUAGCAAUGUGACACCAUCUGCUCAAAUGCAACAACCUUCAUCGACUUCAUUAACCUACACAAAUCCAACAAAUGUUAAUUCAAUGUCGCACAAACCUUCGAAUAAUCAAAAUUUAAUACAUACUGAAAUUAUUCGAAUGGAUACACGUCAACAGCAACCACCCAUUGCAGAUAUUAUUAACAAUGCUCCAAUUAGCUUUCUAGGCUUACAAGAUACGACGAAUAAUUAUGGUCAGCAACAAGAAUUAAUUGAUUCUUCAUCAAUAAAAAAUCAUGAAACGCAACAACAAACACCUUUAUUUACCGGUCAACAUAUCCCAUCGUUAGUUGUCGAAAAUUCAAAUUUAGCAAAUAAACGAGAUGUUUAUGGACAAAAUCCUCAACAAGUUGUACCGCCCCAGACGUAUGCUGAUUCAGCUCAAACACAAAAAUGGAAUGCAAAUCCAGGAAAUAAUGUUAAUAUCGAUCAGGAAAAUGUGAUUCAGCAGCAACACUAUGGUAAUGCUAAUCAGCAACAACACCAUCAACAAUCAACAAUGGAUAAUAUUACCACUAGUAAUGACGGCCCAAAUGAUGAACAAUGGCAACAAAGUGGAAACAGAGGCCAACGAAGUAAUGGUCGCGGUCGCAGUCUCAAUGGACAACGUUCAGCUGGCGGUGGACGUCGUCCAUAUGCUGGCCAACAACAACAACGUCCAUAUUCUAGUGGCGAUUAUAAUCAAGGAGGCAGAGGAUAUUCGAGCGGUGAUACUCGCGGCAGACCAUAUCGAGGAGGUCGUGGCGGUGGAAAUUAUUCUCGUGGAGGAAAUAAUUAUCGUGGCGGCUAUGAUAAACAACAAUACAGCAGUUAUAAUGAACAUCAGCAACAACAACCACGUCCAACAGGAGUAGCUUCUCAAAAUCAACAACAGUAUCAACAACAAUCAUAA